GGUGGGCUCCAUUCCUUUUGUUCCUGGAUUUGUUUGUUUCGUGUUGGUCGAACAGGCUCGGAGCUGGUCUGGGUCGUCCAAACAACUUCCAGCUGCCGAUGCCACGAGGCCCACCAAGUGGCUCGUUUCCAAAACGCCAGAACCACCAUAAUGAGAUGAAACGUCCCUCUCACUCCGGGUCUGCCGGUAGCGGCUCCACAGUCUCUGCUGUGGCCGCCGCGACUUUGGCUCAGCAAACUCCGAACCAGCAAAUUCCCUCCGCGGCCAGUCAAUUUCAAUCAGUCAAUGCCGAUGGAUCCUGUACAGAUUAUGCAAGCGCUUGGGAUGGGGAUCAGGAUGGGAGGAGUUAUGAUGGUUCUGGCGAGGAUUCGGGCGAGGCUUUCACAAAUGGAACGGAUGGUGCUGUCGCGGCUGAGCACAAUAGGAUCGAUUUUGAUCCUUCGGGGAAAAUAGCAAUGACUGGAGGAAUGCCCUCUACUGUUCUACCCUCCUUUCCUUUGCUCGAUACCAUUAUGCUUUUGAUAUUAUUUUUACAGCUACCGCCUACGGUUCUCACAAUUAUCCACUUUUUGUUUGCAUCCAUGACAUUCGUUCCACCGUCGACCACCCUUCUUAGCGCUUCAACAACGUCUUCACUACCCUCCAUUACGAACCUAUUAUUGCAGGGCUCGAAUGGAGCACCAUCAUUACUCACAAUAAUAUUCGCAGAUAUCCUCGUCGCUCUUCUUUCCAUGUUUUUGUGGCCUCCCGCCUACACUUUCCUUGUCGACUUUGCCCAAGCUGUUAUUGCUAUUUCUCUCGGCGCUGGAUAUUCAGAUCAAAGCGGGGGGACAUUGAGGAAUGCAGCUGUGUGCGCCAGUGUUAUGGGGGGUGUGAAAGUGGUUCAAGCGAGAUUUGAGUUAGCAGGUCGGGAAGUUUUGCACGGUAGCGGUCCGGCUGGAAUACCAAUUGGGCAAGCGUCAUCGGCGGGAUGGAUCCGAAGUGCCAUAGCCAUUCAUAUCGUUGCGCAGGGGGUUAUGAGGGUGACUAGGAGGUGGUUGAUGAGGUCUGAUUCAGGAGAUUCUCCUGCAUCAGGUAGCUCCUCGGGACCCAAGGAUACCGCUUUGGCAUCAGGAAAACAAAAAGACAAGGACCCGGAGGCGGCGGCCGGAGCACUGGCUCAGCCCCUAGAGCGACAAAACAGUACAGGGGGCGGAAAGAGGAAAAAGAAGAAUCUAAUACAAAAUAUCCGAAAUAGCCAGCCUUUAUGGGCUACGAUUGCGAGUGCAAUGGUGCACGUUGCAAAGGAAGUGGAACGGUCCAAGAUCUCGUCUGCGGCUUCAAACCCUAAUGCUCUUGAGGUUGGUGCUGUCUCUAACGAAUCUGUGUCGGGCGGAGAGGAUGUGCGAGUGUGGAUAACGCGGAUUGGAUCAACAGACGUUGCGUUCGGCGCUGGAUUUCUGGGGACGAGAAUCGAUGGCGAGGUCGGCUAUGAGAUGCACGGGGCGGCGUUGACAAAUGGCGUUGAUGGGAGCGGGAGGGACGGGACGUUUCCUCUGUUUGUUCGGGUGAACGGCAUUGUGUGGCCACAGACUGUCAUUUCAAAGUAUAUCCGAGGUGGGGAUGAGGAUAGGGAAAACGGAGUCAUCACAGGUGAUGUGGAAGAGGAAUGGAUAAUCGAUAUUACUGGUUUGACUGGAGCAACCGAGUACGAUUUUGAGUUCGUCAAGAAGGGUGGGAAGAUAGUCUACCGGGCAAGCGCAUGCACAAUGCCUGCUCAAGGUACGCUUUAUUCUAGUUUGAUUGAAGGGAGCCGGGUCUAACAUUGCGUAGCUUCCUCGGCUGCUCCCCCUGUCACCAAACAGCCCUCAAGGCCUCUAUCACCAAUCACUACUCUUUUGCACAGCUUGUCGCAGGCAAACUCUUGUCUUGUCGAGAAGAAGAAUCGUUUGAAGGCCGCCAAGAAGAAUCAAAAGACUGCAUUGAGCGAUAUUCGGAAGGAGACCGAGAAGAAUAGAUCCCUCCUGGGGAAUGACCGUGGUGAUGAGCGAGCGUUCCGAAGAAUCCUGGCAUUAAAGGAAUCCAUCAAGCGUGCUGACGAGGAGACCGAGAAAAUGACAAAGGAGCUUGAAGGGUUGCAGAGCCUUCCCGAGAAGCUCAAGGCAGAGUGGAAAGCGAAGAAAAGGGCUUGGCGUGAGGAAAGAGACAGGCUUUUGUCCGCACAAAGUCAGGCUGGAGAGGUGAAAGAAGCGGCGGACCGCCAGACUUCAGCAGUUGAAUCAGAAGCAGCGAGCCUAGCACUGAAGAAGGAAAGAUUGAGAGCACGCCUUGGUAAACUCCGUGCCGAUCUCGAGAAGCUUGAGAAGGAACACCAGCAGAACCUCGAGGCCCGCCGAAGGAGGGAAGCCGAAAGAGAGAAUGUUGAGAAGCAUCGUCUCUCCCUCGAAAAGGAAUUCUCCGAUGCUAUCCUCCGCAUGGAACAAAAGACGGUAGACUUCCGCAUGUAUUCCGCUGACAACUGGGCAACCUUUUACGCUUACGAGUCCUCCAUCCAAUCCCAGUUCCCUCUGCCAACCCCUGAUACUGGUCUCCCAGGAACGAACAGCAACCGCAAUUCUCUACACAUUUCCACUCCCCCUGGCCUCAUGCUCCACCAGGGUUCCUACGCCGCAUCAUCCUCGUCCCUACCAACUAGCGCAGCGGGCCCUACCCGCGAGCGCUCCUCGUCGGUAUUUUCGAGUGAAAGCGUCGUGACAAACAUGUCGGAGCUUGAACGUUCAGAGAUGAUCCGUGCCACCCCAUUUCCUCGUGGAAAUAGCCUCGACCACGUAACCUCGCUCUUUCCCGGGUUGGUGGGGGCGGGGCCGGCGUUAGUAGGUUCGCCGGAUAGGAAAUAAAUCUAGGCUACCAUGUUGCAUGCCUUUUUUUUGCGAUUUGUUAUUUGCAUGGAUGAAAAUGUAACUUAGGCUCUGUUACACUCGAUGUGGAGUUUUUUCUUCUUCGGUCCCCCCCCCUCCCCAAUGGCUUCUUUUUGUAUCUCUUUUUCGUGUUCGGAUGCCGAUUUUGUGGGGUUGUGUCUGUGGAUAUCCUUGCAUUGGUUGAGUUAGGGGGCAUUUUUAGGGGAAUUUUAUCACGGGUCUCUUAUUUUUGUUCAAGAUUGAUUAGCGAUUGUUUGAUGGCUCAUUUGUGGCUGUGAUUCAUUAAGGCUCACUCGAUGGAGCGCGCAGGGCAGGGGGGAGUAGGUUCCCCCAGUUCUCGGGUCAGACUAGCUGUGCUUGAACUCUGUAUCAGAUAUCCAAUGACCAAUGCCCCACUUUUUAGAAAUUCGGUUUCAUGGAUUCGUAUGCUUGGGUGACAAGCCGAGUGCCCCCGCAUUAUUCGCAUGAAAUGAUAUGUGCGUGUUGGAAAUAGCAGUUGAUGGCCGCACUUGGUGCGGGAUGUGCUCAUACAUGAAGGCGUCAGUAGCAUAUGUCUCUACCCCCGAAAGACGCGUGGGCCAUGGAAACUUUUCUCAUCCCUGUCUUUUCUUCCCUUCUGUUCUCACUUGCGAGUGAACAACUUCCUGUACUUAACCUCUCUCCUCAAGUUCUUCCUCUCAGUUAUCUUUAAGCAAUCAAUCAUGGUCUUUCUCUUCACCUGAGAAAAACCUUCUAUCUCCACUCGUACGAUUCUACUCCACUGCGUAAACCCUCACUACCAAUCAUUACCUCCAUAUCAAUCAUUUUUUCAACAGUGCGGUUGGUCUAGACUAGCAAGUGA